CACCGGGGGAGGGAAGUUUGCUCCCGAGCGGUGGCAGGCAGCCGGCGAGGGGAGUCUGCCCGAACUCGCAGGCUCCUCCCGUCACUGGGAGCUGGAGGAGCGGCGGCCGCUGCACCACACGCGGUCCGGGAGCAGCAGCUGCCUCUCCUGCCGGAGCGACUGGCGCUGGGCGGAGGAUGGCGGAGGCGCAGCUGGCGGCCGCGGGGCUAGACGAGUCGGAGGCCGAGCUGUCGCAGAGUCUGGCCCGGACCAAGACGCGCUCGUACGGCAGUACGGCCAGCGUGUCGGCGCCUCUGGCCGAGCGCUACAUCCAUCACCCGGUGGGAGAAGGCGACACGCUGCAGGGCCUUGCCCUGCGCUACGGAGUCACGACGGAGCAAAUAAAAAGGGCAAAUAAACUCUUCACAAGCGAUUGCAUAUUCCUGAGGAAAACCCUCCUUAUCCCGGUCAUAUCAGAGAAGGGGUCUCUGUUUAAUGGACUGAACUCAUUGGACUCUCCUGAGAAUGAGACGUAUGCUUUCAGUAAUGAGAGGCCGCUGAAUAUAGAGGAAGAAAGCUCUUCGUCUCCGAGUCCAGAAGAUCCCGACACUAGGCCCAUCCAGCCUGAGGAACUUUCCGCUAAAGACUACUUGCAAAGACUGGAUUUGCAGAUUAAACUGUCAACGCAAGCGGCUGCUAAAACAAUACAGGAGGACGAAUAUGGAGCUGGUGAACCCGGACACAAAGAUAACCCCUAUGCAGCAUCUUCCUACCAGAGCCUUCAUUAAAUCGUAAUGGAAUCCACACUUGCAGGAUGUCGAAAGAUUGUUUUUCCAGUUAUGAAUGGAUAAGACUGAGUGACAUCAUUUCGAUUCUGGGUUCUGUUUUUGCUUUAAAUCUAAGCGGUUUCAUUGUAUACUUUGGCGUGCCGGGGCACGAGUACGAGAAGCAAAUGGCAGCAUAGUACCUUGUGCAUCUUUGGUGUGAAGUGUGAGCUGCUACUACGUUUGUUCCCUUAUGCCAUCUCGACUCGCUGUUUUGUAAUACCACAGCAAGUUUUCUGCUGAUUUGCGGUGCGUGCUUAUUUGUUGCAUUCCUAGUUCACAGGAAAUGCUUGUCUUUUUGGCCUGAAAUUGGGUGUAAACGACCUGAUUUCAAACCUGUAAUCUCACUGUCAUGUGUGGGCUGCUGUGCUUUUUCCUACCAUCUGGCACAUGUAUGGAUCUGGGGCAGAGGUAAACAUAAUUAAGUUCAGUCAAAAUAAUGAAAUCUGAACCAGUUAUUGGACCUUAUAACUUCCUUUUGCAAAAUUAAAUUGAAAGAUCUCACUUUAGAUCAUUAUUUGGCUGUUCUGUUUGAUUACUGAUGAGAUUGGUAAUAGACUUUAGUAGAGUGGGUUGAAGAACAUAUUUGUUUGAAAUCUUCAAAUUGAAACCAAAAAUAAUAAGAAUACUUUCAGUGAUUAAGAUAGUGAAUUAGUUGCAAACUUUUCUUUUUAAAAAAGAAUUGGAAUCAUCUCACUUUUAUAAAGUUAAACUCAAAUGUGCGGGUAUGAAAACUAAACUUAAGUCAAAUUUAACCACUUGCUUUUAAAGGGAACAAUGGCAGAUGUUCUCACAUGCAGCCAUUUUAUUUAAUACAUGGGCAGUGCACAGGAAGAUUCUCCAAACUUCAGAACCAAGUUGCCUUCAGUGUUGGAGUGAGGAGGAGGGGCUGACUCUUGAAUUGGCUAGUUGGGUCUGCGCAACUUGAUGUAAAAGUAAUGUUGCGCCACUGGAUACAGAUGACCACUGCAGUUGUGAGAGUGGCAUGUUUUCUCAUUGCCAGUUAGCGCCAGCGUUACGCUAUUCUAGUGAGCAAGGCUGCCUUUUUCUCUCACUCCCUUCUCUAAGUCUGAGUUUCAACCGUUGCCGGCUGACCACUGCUCUCCCCUUGAGCUCUGGCCUCCCACUCUGUAAUGGCUGAACACCAUGUGCUCUGAGUGGGUUUCUGCCUCUAGACGUGCACAUUUACUUUCUUUUAAAAAGUGAUUUGCUGAUUCAAUUGUGGAGCUUUUCUCCAUUUAGAUUAGGGAGAUGAGAGGAGAUUUUAUCCCUCUUCCCAUCUUUACGGUUUUUAAAUUGCCAAAGCUGGCUAAAGCAUUACAUACGGGAAUGCAGUCCGUCAGUACACACGAAGUCAUAUGUGAUAUUUUUAGCUAGCCAGCUCCUUCAGACUCUUCUGAGAGAAGGUAUUUUACUUUUUAAAUAAGACUAAUUGUGCACCUACUAAACUGGAAUUGAGAAGCCUAAUAAGAUAUAUUUUUUUUACCUUUUGAUGAAGUUGCAAAGAUCUGUUAAAUAAUUCAAGCUCACAUGGGCUCUGUCAUUCGAGCUAUCUGCUCAGUAUCUAAUUACACCCCACAGGUUGAGUGUUUUCUUUCCGUGGAGAACAUUAUGCCAAAUGCCCAUUCAGAUAGAUUUUUUUAAAUGAAAAUUUGUGAGGGAUUAUUUGGCGUUACAAUUAUAUAAAUCAUCUAGUUUGGCCUUUUUGUUAGCAGAUUUAAGAGCUCAAUCAAAUUAGCUUUUAUUCCUGUUUAUUUUUCUUUGAUUGAUCUAAUUUCCAUUUGUCUUAUUCACCUCCCAUGUGCACUUGGUUAGUGUUGUGUUUACCGGGUAAUUUGCUCAGGACCAUCAAGGAGGAUGCUUCUUAUUAGUGAGGCAACAACUGAACUGUUGGAAUAGAACCACAGAAUCUGUACUGUGAACGUACUUGCAAUGGGGAGCACCCUUCUGUGAGUAUUGGUUGAACACAGAACCUAUGAACAAUGAACCAAAUGAAAGAAGUAUACCAGAUUUAUAAAGAAUUGAUUUAAACCUAUAUUGAGAGAGCAGCAUCAAUUAUGUUAAAGCACUGGUAUUCUCAGGUAGAUGGGUUAACGGUUAGUAUAUAAUUUCAUGCUGAACAAUCAGCUGCUGUAAGCUAUUCUUUAAGGCAAUGCAAAUUCCCCACCAUGCAACUUCAUAAAAGCUGGCAUGAAUUGUUAUCAAUGGACCGAUGAUGGAGACAAUGGAAGAAGAUCCACAGUGUGUAUCGGGGAUGUUGUAGGUACUUUGCUUUGGAAAGUGGUCUUUCAUGUUGGAAUAGGAUCCCUGAUAGACCUGCACCAAAAUAAGUAAUUGUAACAUAAGAACCGUGAAAGCAAUCAUUGACAGAUUUUCCAAAUCAUGGGUUUGCCCCAACCUUCCUAUCCCAGGCAAACUUCAUAAUUUCAUAGGAAAAUGUCACUUCAAACAAAAAGAAAUAUUGCUUCUCAGGAUUUGAUCUAUCUUCAAACUACCAAAUGCAUUGUUACAGCAUUUACUAAAAUCUAGUACCACGACAUCUUGCAAAAUGAGUACUGUGCCUCAAAAUGUUGCAAGAAAAUGGAGACACAUAGUGCUCUUAGAUCUUCAUCUUGGUAACAGCUGCUCAAAGGAGCACAAUGAAACUAGUUUAAAGAUGAGCAUUCUGCGAACAGGCUAAGUGCUUGUCGUUAAUCUCCAAGCAUACAUUUUCUAAGAUAUCUUCAUAUCUGUCUGUUUUGAAAGAUUUGUCUAUGAAUGGUGGAGGUAUUUGCUAUGUUCAUCCCUUGAGGCUUUUGGCUGCUGUUGAGUCUGUAGAGGGAGUCUUUAUUACUCAGUAGGAACAAAGAGCUAUCUUAAAUGCAUUCAUUCAGGUGAACAUUAGCAUACUGAAAGGACUUCUGACAAUUUAUCCUGUUUUUCUCCAUACAUGAAUGUAUUGAUGUUUUGAUAACAUUUCAGGUAUUAACGUAGAAAGAUUACAAAUGUUGUAUGAGCUUUAAGCAUGGAAGCUCACUUUAUUUUACCUUGCAAAUGGUUAACUGAACCAUAUCCAUCUAACAGCUUUAUAACGUGAAGGCAUUUGCGUUUUUAAGCAACAUUAAAUAUAACGAAUAGAUAUAAAGUGAAUUAGUAGCCAUCAGGAUAACUGAAAUAAUCCAUAAUUGCUAGAUAUCAGAUUAUAUAAUACUAGAAAUACACACCUACAUUGUCAUCUGAAGAAGCAAGGUAUUAUUUUAUUAUUUCAGAUGGGCCAUUUAUCAAAAACAGCAAAGUAUGUUAAGCAUAUAUUGAAUAUAAGAUAAUUUUUCAGGUGAACAUUGACUUUUCUUCCAGAUUAAUGCAUUUCAUUUCAACUCUUUUUAUUGCUGUUAAGUAGUUUUCUAUUAUUUUCAUAUAAAUAUAUGUCAAAAUCCUUCUUUCAGGCUAUGCAUUUUCAAGUGGUGUGAAUCUUUUCAUUUUCUAAAUUUAAAAAAAUGGAGAAGUUAUUCAAAUCAAGUUUGAAAUAUAUGGUCUAAAUCUCAGAGGAAGAAUAAAGAACAUUUAUGGUCAAUCAAGUGCUGGGCAGCAACUCUUGCUGUUCACAAUUGUUUCUCAUCAGUAUUAUUUUAAUCAAUACUAUUAUCUAAUAAUGUGUUUCUGUGGCUUUUAACUAAAAUAUCAAUUCCUUUUGACUAAACUCUGGCUGAAAAGCUUAUUGAUAAAAAAGCAAAUUACUUUUCAUUAAAGAAUGCAGGAUGGUUAUGAGCGCUUUUUAACAAAUAUUUAGCACAGAUGAAAAUGUCCUUCAAGUAGGACCGCUUAGUUGACAUAGUUAUUCACUUCUUCCUCUUUUCUACCAUUGUUAGAUGGCCAAAUAGUAAUCAGAUAGAGAUUUCUGACUUUCCACCCAGUUGUUAGGCUGAAAUUACAAGCCGACAGAUCAUUAUAGAAACUACUUAAUUUUUAUUGUCCUUAAUUUUGAUCUAUCUAGAACUUGCAUUGUAAGUUUAACCCAUUGUUACUGUUUGGAUUACUUGGCAUGGUUUGGAUCACUUCUGAUAGUAAUAUUUUAUGUGCAUUUGCUCACCUAUAGUCUUCAGAUUUGGUUUUGAUUUUCACAAAAAAAAUCACAUAGACUGGAGUGGAAGUGGAUGGAACUGAUAAAAUGUGCAUUUCAAAUUCAUCGUUGCAAAACAGCACUGAGUACUGUAAUAGUUAUCCCGCCUAUGUACUUCGGAGAGGGUGGAAAAAUCUGCUUCUGCCCGUAAGUUGUGUGAAAAUGCUGUAGUUUUAAAAUUAGAUUAAACUAUAUAUAUUUUGCUUUCUAUUGACAUUCCUACAUUAGAUUAUUUUGCUUCAGGACCAAUAUUGGGUAAAUACUGUUAGAAAGAAUAUUGCUACAGAUGGUGAUUCCGUACAUCAGUGGUCUGCAGCUUCAUGUUGAAGACCCAAAUGGGAUAACUAGUGCAGUAAACAUUUAAUGCAUGAAUUGUUUGUGUGGGUGUGUAUGUUGUGGCCUUAGAUAUUUUUUUAACUGAUGUAUUGAUAAUGAGGACGUGUUCCUCUGGUUAUUAUUUCAUUUGAAAAUCUGCAAUAAAUAGUUUUUGUUACAAUUUCAACCUGAA